UCUUAUUUACUACAUGGAAUAAUGACGAAUUUUAUUAACGCCGUUGCAAAGGCCAAAUUUCACCUCCACAACAACACAACACAGCAGCCUGCCACUGCCAGGAGUCGCCAGUGGGCGGGGGAGCUCUCGCUGUUUCAUUAUUUUCAUCAUAUAAUGUAGUUUGUCUUGGUUAUUCAACAACAUCAGAGCCAGCCAUAUCGAUUACUUUGUUCCACUUCUUUAAGACUACUCUCUGUCUCACGUAUUUUCUUUAAUAUGCAGUAAUGGUUUAGUCGGGCACGUUGUGGGCCAAGUGUCAGUCUGUCAUUGGUGUCGCUUGUCACAUUGAUGAACAGUUAGCCGUACAACAUGGGUCUUUUAAUCGACACUGCCAUCAUGGUGGGGUCCAUGCUGGUGUUCUUCAUCGGUGGAUGGGUGUGGUUUGUGAAGAAGAUAUUUCGGGACUAUGAAGUGCACAACACACUGGUGCAGCUGUUCUUCCCCAUGAUCUUCAUGUUGUCCUGCACUAUGUUUGAACUCAUUAUUUUUGAGAUUGCUGCUGUGCUGGAAUCUGGGUCUCGUUACCUGUACUGGCAAGUGGUGCUGUACUCCAUGCUCAUCAUGCUCAUUUUGGUCAUUCCCUUCUACUUAUGCCAUUUUGUGGUUUCAAACAUCAGAAUAGUUCGAGGUGAAUGGGUGAAUGUGCUGUCUGUGCUCACCUGGGGAGUAUUCAUGGUGUGCUUUUGGAAGAUUGGAGAGCCCUUCCCCAUCCUCAGUCCCCAACAUGGUAUUCUCUCCAUAGAACAGAGCAUCAGUCGUAUUGGAGUCAUCGGGGUGACAGUGAUGGCUGCACUCUCAGGCUUUGGUGCUGUCAACUACCCUUACACCUCCAUGAACAUCUUCAUGUGGCCAGUAACCAAGUAUGAUAUUCAAGCCCAGGAGCGUCGUUUGCUCCAGACCAUUGAUGUUAUUGUUAGUAAGAAAAAGAGAAUUGCCCUGGCACAACGAGAAAGGGUCACAUCUAAAGUUAGUGAUGACACUAGCUCCAGAUCAAGAAUUUGGGGCUUGUUGCGCAGUGUUACUUCCAGCAGCCCUCAAGGAGAGAGUAUGUCAGUUCUUAAGCAGGAGGUGGCUGCUUUGGAGGAGCUCUCAAGGCAGCUGUUCUUGGAAACGGUGGAGCUGCAGAACCAGCGCGAGAGGCUAGAGUGGGCCAGCACCUUCCAGGGCCGCUUUUUCAACUUCAUGGGCUACUUUUUCUCCAUGUACUGCUCUUGGAAAAUUUUUAUCAGUCUCGUAAAUAUAGUGUUUGAUCGAGUAGGUAGGAAAGACCCAGUCACCAAGGGGAUGGAGAUAGCUGUCCACUGGCUUGGCUUUGAUAUUGAUGUCCAGUUUUGGUCACAGCACAUUUCCUUCUUCCUAGUAGGAUGCAUCAUCUUCACUUCCAUCCGAGGUUUUAUCCUCACACUCACCAGAUUUUUCUAUGCAGUAUCCAGUAGCAAAUCUUCCAACAUUAUUGUCCUAGUAUUGGCCCACCUGAUGGGGAUGUAUUUUGUGUCCAUGGUGAUGCUGAUGAGGAUGAACAUGCCACUGGAAUACCGUACAAUCAUCACACAAGUGCUAGGAGACCUGCAGUUCCAUUUCUACCACCGUUGGUUUGACGUCAUCUUCCUGGUAUCUGCACUUACCACCAUGGGUAUCCUCUAUCUUGCUCACAAGCAAGUCAACACCUCUGACAAAGCUGAGAAUCUCUAUGAGCCCAAAUGGUGAUGUAGGUACUCAGUAGAGACUAAGAGACUGGCUAAUAGAGGACAGACCAACACCUCCACUUCAUUAUUUUCAUCAUCAUUUCUUUUCAUCGGUCACUGCCAUCAGCUUCCUCUCAUUAGAUUUAGUGUGGAGUUGGAGUUGAAUAUGAAUAAUGCUAAACCUAACCUCAGUAUGAUGAUAUAUGGAAGUGGGUUAUAGUGAUGAGUGUGUAAGAAAUGCCUGUGCCCAGAAGAAGAGUUUUGCAAAUGUAGUGGAAGCAGAAGGUGCCAACUGAUGUGAUUUUGCAGGCUGUGGUAACAUACAUGCUAAAUAUGGGUAGCUGCUCAUUCCUACAUUAAGGUGAGGGAACAGCUUUGUGGUUAUUGGGCUUCUCUGUUUUAGAUUUGUAGAGUCAGAUUUUUUUAACUUUUGGUUAUUUAUGUUAGCAUUCAUUUGUAAUAAGUAAUAAGAUGCAAUUUUUUUACAAACAAUAUAUUUAUUUAUAAAAUUGAUAAUAAAAAAUG